AUGCACCACCAACUUUCGUCAGUACCCACGGGGACGAGUAUACACGCGUCCACUGGUGGGCAACAGAUCAGGUCUGAGCCAUUGGCGUCCACCAUUCGAAAGAGCCAUAGUCCGUCUGUGACGGUACCGGGAAGCCCAUCUAAACAUAACGCCCCACCGAAGAGGACUGCAGCUGGGAUCUCCAAACACCUUGUCGAUGCCCCUGGUGCGGACCACCCUUCCGAAGUAGACAGUCCCGAUCGACGUCGCUCUCAUAGUAUUGGCUCCCUAUCGCGUGAGAGCAGGAUUGCAGCGUUGUCCGUUCACCUGCGAACGCGGUUAUCGUAUGCUGCCGCCAAGGUUGAGAAGAGUAGGAAGAUCCAUGGCGUCCAUGCUCAUUCCUUAUCGCCUAGUACAGAAUCUCUCGCUAAGGUUGGCCUGUUGCCCGCCUUCAGCGAGAUAGAGGCUCAGCGUUUGGGAGAAAAUAGCUCGCCAGAUGGAACCACAAUGUCUGCGCCGGAUCCACCCUCAACAACCAGUUUCUAUACCCCGAGCGGCCCUGGGCGGCUGUCUCCUGUGGCCCAAUCCGCCGAUGCCUCGCCACCCUCACACCUCGAUCUGCCAAAAUCCCAUCCCCGUCCAAAACUCGCACCCCCUGCAGAUAUUGCAAGUGGAAGCCGCAGUCGCCGUCGACGUCCCAAUCCCAACGAGCCGCUGCACCACCCGAAAGUUUCUGUGUCACUGCAUCGCAGACACCGUUCUCACCAAGAGGUUGGCGUGUCCAGACCAGCUGCAAAUUCAGAGAAGGUGCAGGUCCCUGGGACUCCUCCUCUUGGCCCAAUGCGUCAGGCUUCUUAUAACGGUACGGUUGGUCAUCAAAACCACAAUCGAAAUAGCGCUAUGGAACAGGACGCUAUUGAAACUCUGCUUUUCAUGUCCAGUCCUGGACAUUCGGGCUAUCACUCAAGCUCCCAGCAUUCCCAACGUCAACGAAAUAUAUUUCAGAGCAGCCAUGAUUCCAGAAGCUCGGCCUCUCGAGUGCCCCAUAGUCAAGACUCUCAAGUCAGUAAUCCCCGUGGUCGGCCUAUGCAAGUUUCAAACGAUCAAGGGAUUGGUCUAGAAUUGCACGCUGGAGACGAGAUCGACCGGAUUCUGGAUCAAAUGGACAGUGACAGCGAUGACGAAGUCAAGUUUGCUUCGACCCAGUCCAGCUUUACGGACCAUGGCUCUAAGCAAGCUGACAGCUCUCAAGAGCAUAACCGACGAGGUGGAUGAGAGGCAUUCGGACACAGCCCUUGGUGUUCGGUCUGUCUGCCUUUAUAAACUCACAUGUACGGUUAAAAUGGCAGUCAUCGACAGGACAGGGGCAACAUCUUGCCCUGGUUUGCAUCUAUUCUUCGGUACCCCAACCUGAAGAAUCGCUAUUGGAGUCGGACUGAAAUUGGGUCAACUAUCUGGUUCAGGCCAGCCCUAGAUUACUUACAAUCGCGAAUACUAUAUCCUCAGACGCAAGGAACGGAC